ACGCGAAGCGAGACAGAGACAGUGUGCGAGCGACCGCUCCGCUGGCUAGCCGUGUUGCGAGUCGCGCGUUUGAUACAAAAUGGCGGAUUUAAAGUUUUCUGUCGAGGAAGAAGAUCUUCUUAUACAUUUAAUAGAGGAAAAGAGAUGUCUUUAUGAUCCAGAAUGUGAAUCGUAUAAGGAUUGUUUCAUCCGAGAUAAUAUUUGGAGUGCCAUAGCGAAGCAAUUACACAAAACAGAUGAAGAAUGUAGAAAACGUUGGAAACACAUCAGAGAUGCUUACAAUCGGUUCAAACGAAAGAGAAGAAGUGGUACAGGAACACGAACUAAAAACUCUAAAUGGAACUUCUAUAAACGGUUAGGUUUUCUAGAAAAAAUUCCACUAGAUAUCAACAUUGAAGGUGUCGUCAACGACAAUUCAGAUUCAGAGCAAGUCUCGUCCCCGUCGCUAUCCGGUCUCUCCAAGUCUACCGCAGGUCCCGAUCAGCAAAUCGAAAACGAUGACGAUCAAGCAUCUAUUGAUAAUUCAUCAUCAAUUGUAGCUACUCCACUUCCCUCAGCAACUGAGGAACCCCAUCUUGCACAACGCAAAAAACGAAAAUUCGACGAACUGCUUCAGAUUAUGAAAACAAGAGAAGAAAAUAGAGUUAAUUUGGUGAAGGAACUGAGCCAAAGGAGAGAAGAAAGUGAUGACGAUGAUUACACCUUCAGCAAUCAUAUUAGGACAGUUUUGAAGAAGUUACCGCCUCGGUUAAAAAUUCAGGCGAGAAAAGAUAUAUUCGUCACUUUAGCUAGAUAUGAGACUUUAGUUUUGGACAUAAAAGAAGAAAUGGUUUAAUAUGCUGAUAAGACUUCCGUACCUCAAAAGGAACUCUUAUAGAUUUACUUUGUUGUUAGACAGCCCCUUUAUCUGUCUGUCAAAACACUUUUUCUUAGGAACGUGUUGAAUUGUCAAGUUGAAUUUUAUCUUAAGGAAACGGGUCUACAGUCUCUUUCAGUUAAAAAAAUCAAACUUUUAAGUCAACGUGAUUCAAAGCUGUGAGAGUUUAUGUCGCACGUGUUCCGAUUUCACGAGGAAAUCAAGACCUAUAGGAUACUUUCCAUUGACCUCGAAUCAUGAAAUUUGAUAAGAAACAACGCCUUACAAUACAUGUAAAGGAAAAAAAUAACACUGUAAAUAUCUACUUUAAUAACAAUUUAAAAAAACAAUUUAUAUGGAACUUUCGUUGCGCCAAACACAAUCGCACUUCUCCGGUUUUUUAGACGCUACAUCUACCUUUAAGGUGAGACGAAGCACAAUAAAGAUAAUAAAAAACAGCAUUUAUUAUUGCGCAAGAAAACCACGUGUAAACAACGAGUAUUAAAUUAUACUCCUUUUUUAAAACUGUUCAUUUACUUACACAACUUCACCCCAAGGUAAGAUACGGGUCUUUUGUGGAAUGAUGGUAUUCUACUAAGUACUAGAUAAUAUAAGAUCCUCUCGAUGUAACAAAAAAAAAA